GCACCCUCUCUGAAAAGAUGCAUUUUCUUCCCCUCCCGCUGCUGCUCCUUCUAUGCUGCAGAGCUGAAGCUGGCCCUGGGGGCUCUCUGUUCCAGGGGAGAUCAUCGGGGGCACAGAGUGCAAGCCACACUCCCGCCCUUACAUGGCCUACCUGAAAAUCACCACUCCCCAGAAUCACCUGAUGUCCUGUGGUGGUUUCCUGAUAAGACGGAACUUCGUGCUGACAGCCGCUCACUGUGCAGGAAGUUCCAUAAUGGUCAUCCUCGGAGCCCAUAACAUACGAAAGAAAGAAGACACACGGCAGGAGCUUAACGUCAUAAAACAAUUCCCUCACCCAAAAUACGAUGACCUUACUAUUCGCCAUGACAUCAUGCUACUGAAGUUGAAGGAGAAAGCCAACCUGACCCUGGCCGUGGGGACGCUCCCCCUUACGCCCCAGUUCAACUCCAUCCUACCCGGGAGAAUGUGCCGGGUGGCUGGCUGGGGCAGAAGACAAGUGAACGGAACAGGCUCCGACACUCUGCAGGAGGUGAAGCAGAGGCUUAUGGAUCCCCAGGCCUGCAGACAGUACAGAGAUUUUGACCACAACCUCCAGCUCUGUGUUGGCAAUCCCAGGAAGACAAAAACUGCAUUUAAGGGAGAUUCAGGGGGCCCUCUUCUCUGUGCUGGGGUGGCCCAGGGCAUUGUCUCCUAUGGACAGUUGGAUGCAAAGCCCCCUGCUGUCUUCACCCGAAUCUCCUACUACCGGCCCUGGAUCAAUGAGGUCCUGAAGCAGAAUUAAGCCUGGAGGGAGCCCGAGCCAGCCCAAGGGGAAAUCUGGAACCAGACCUGAGCAGGCUUUCUGUACCACCUACUCCAGAGCUGCCUCUGGUCUCUGCUGAGACCCCUCCACAUCCCUCAGACCCAAAAGGGCUCCUCCAGGUCACAGAGUCCUCAGUAAACCUCAAUAAAGACCCA